UACAUAAAUGAUUAUGAGAAUGUUUAGCAUUCGCAGUCCCGCACUGGGUCAGUCAUUUUCCCAACACUCUGUGCAAGAGAGUGAGUGAGUGGAAGUGCUGUUGUUCUCGCUUUUUUCAGGACAAGCCACUGACGUUACACCCUCGCAGGAGUAUGGUGGAUUCCUUCAGUGAUGAAGAUAGUCAUAUAGAGGAUAACAAAAAAUAGCGAGAAUGAAAGCAGCGGUGAAGAUAUACAGGGGAAGCAGUUUAUCAAUUACGGACAAGAUGAUCAAAUGGAAAUUGAAGGAUACGUUUCCUGUAAUGUGAGAAAUAGAAUCACUUGGAUAUUUUAUAUAUUGAGUUUGGGAACAUUGAGGUUAUUUUUCCACUGGUAUCCUCAUUUGAAGCUGAGAUCGACAUACAAGCGAUGUAGUUUGAAAAAUGCCGAAAAGGUCUUAGUGAUUGACAAGUAUCAUAAUUUCAAAUCAUAUUUCGUGAAAGACGUCAAAACACUGAGAGGAAACAUAUUCAGAGAAAGGCAAGAUGACAAACAGUUGGAUGAAAAUAGCAUGCUAGAAUUCAAUUUAUGUGACGGUAGACAAAAACAAUUCGCACAAGCUCGUAUAAUCACCUGUAAGAAGUUAGUUUACGUCUGGGAUGAAGAAAAAAACACUUUCACCAAACUCGCUGGAUUCGAUAAAGGCAUAAAUAGAAAUGAAUUGCAUUCGUUCAAAGGACAAGGCGAAGAGAAACAAGCUCUGAAGAGGAUUACUUACGGACCGAAUGAGAUUACAGUUCCUGUACAAACAAUAUCAACCCUGAUUAUAUUAGAAGCCUUGACGCCGUUUUAUGUCUUCCAAGUAUUCAGCCUGAUAGUCUGGCUCUGUGAGAAGUACUAUUAUUAUACAAUAGCGUUAAUAAUAAUGUCAGUGACGGCAAUUUCCACAUCAGUUAUUCAGACUAGAAAGAACCAGAAGAAUUUGAGAGGCAAGGUGAAUUUCGUUGAUACAGUUACUGUGUGCAGAGGUAAUGAUAUUUACGAGAGAAUUCCUACGACCGAGUUGGUUCCAGGAGACUUGAUUAUCAUUCCAUCUGGUGGAUGUCAAAUGCAGUGCGACGCCGUGUUACUGACAGGACAUUGUGUGGUCAAUGAAAGCAUGCUCACAGGUGAAUCAGUGCCAAUUACCAAAACACCAUUACCAGCCGACUUCAAUCAGUAUAACUUGAGAGAAGAUACGUACCACACUAUUUUUUGUGGAACAAAAAUAAUACAAACCCGGUGUAAAGGUGAAGAACAGGUAUCAGCUGUUGUUAUAAGAACCGGCUACUUAACUGCUAAAGGAGAGUUGGUGAGAAGUAUUUUAUAUCCGCCACCCGCUGAUUUCAAAUUUGAGAGAGAUAGUUAUAAAUUUAUCGGAAUAUUAGCUAUGGUUGCUUUACUAGGGAUGAUAUAUACAAUCGCUUCGAAGUCAUCCAGACAAAUCAACCCGUUGGAUAUUUUGAUGAAAGCCUUAGACUUAAUCACCAUAGCCGUUCCUCCUGCUCUGCCUGCUGUCAUGACAGUUGGAAAAUUGUACGCUUUGAGUAGACUGGAGAAAAAACACAUUUUCUGCAUCAAUUCGAGAGUUAUCAACGUUUCUGGGUCUGUUGAUUGCGUAUGUUUUGAUAAGACUGGUACAUUGACAGAAGAUGAGAUGGAUAUGUGGGGCGUGGUUCCAGUAGAAAAUCGAAAAAUCAAAGAAACACUGAAAAGAAUUAAGGGAAUAUCGAGCGUUUCCCCUUUGAUUAAGGGAAUGGCUACUUGUCAUUCGCUUUCAAUAAUAAACGGUGAAUUGGAAGGGGAUCCUUUGGAUCUGAAGAUGUUUGAAUCAACUGAAUGGGAACUACAAGGUGUAACUGGAAAUAGUAUCGAACAACACAUUGAAGUGAAACCAAAAGAAGAUAGCAAGAACAACUUUCAACUCGGUAUAGUCAAACAGUUCCAGUUCUCUUCCCAUCUCCAACGGAUGAGCGUCAUCGUCAAGUCUUCGAAUUCGGAUACCUUCGAAGUGUUUUGUAAAGGUUCACCAGAGAUGAUUAUGUCCUUGUCCAGCCCAACGUCCCUUCCAGAAGAUCUUCUCUUCAGGCUGGAAGAAUACACCGGGCAAGGGUAUAGGGUCAUAGCCUUAGGAAAGAAGGAAUUGAAGGGUGUUAGUUUUCAAGAUGUUAUGAAACUAGGCAGGGAAGCAGUGGAGUCGGAACUCGAGUUCAUCGGUCUCAUAGUACUGGAGAACAAAUUGAAACCGCAGACUACGGAGGUUAUAAAGACGUUGAAAGAUGCCAGAUUGAAGGUUGUUAUGAUAACAGGAGACAACAUUCGAACCGGUAUUCACAUAGCUAAGGAAUGCGGUAUGGUGGAACCUGAUCAAGAUAUAAUUGAAAUUCUGACUCAGAAAUUGCCCGAAACUUCUAUACCUUCCAUAAUAUAUCGCACUGUUAGUCCAGCUUCACAUCAGGUCAAAUACAAUGGAGACUCUACUGACAUCGAGAAAUGUCAGAAACGCCGAUACUGCUUUGCCGUCACCGGUAAAGUCUGGGCAGAUGUUGUUGAAAACUAUCCGGAUUUGAUUUCUAAAAUCGUUACGAAAGGGACAAUCUUCGCCAGAAUGUCUGGUAUGCAGAAGCAGCAAUUGGUUGAGGAGUUGAAGAAAUUGGGAUAUUCUGUAGCAAUGUGCGGAGACGGAGCAAACGACUGCGGAGCUCUGAGGGCAGCCCACGUCGGCAUAUCCCUUUCAGAAGCCGAAUCGAGUGUGGCUUCUCCCUUCACGUCCAAAGAACAGAACAUCUCAUGCGUCCCUGAGAUUAUCAAAGAAGGACGCGCAGCCCUGGUGACGGCCUUCGGAGUCUUCAAAAUCAUGCUCUGCUUCAGCCUUACCGAGUUCGCUGCUGUCUCGAUCCUCUACAACAUAGACUCGAACCUGACUUCCAUGCAAUUCCUCUUCAUAGACAUCCCGCUGAUUAUGAACUUUGCCGCGGUUUUCGGAAACACCAAAGCUUUCGAAGCUCUAGACCCAAUUCCUCCCAGAACGUCGCUGAUAGGAUUUAUCCCGAUAUCCUCCAUAGUGCUUUUCCUCACCACAGCUACGGUUUUCCAGCUGCUUGCUUACUACUGGAUUCAAACUUACAGCUGGUUCACUCCCUUCGUCUACGACGAAGACCAACCGGAGUACCUGUACUCAUAUGAGAACUACGCGGUAUUUUCGGUGUCCAUAUUUCAGUACAUCACAAUGAACGUGGCUUUCUCUAAGGGCAAGCCCUACCGGAAACCCUUAUAUACGAACACCUACUUCUCCCUUUCUUUGCUCCUCACCACAGCUCUGUGCGUAUACUUAGUCCUCAACCCUUUCGAAUGGCUGAGGGUGGCCUUGGAGCUGCAGCUACCUCCCAUGGAAGGCAGGUACCCCAUGCUGAUAAUUUCCGUAGUCAAUUUCGCAGUUUGCAUCUUCUUGGAGGAUCUGGUUGUGGAGUAUUUCUUGGGCAAGGUGGUCGAACCCCCGUUGAGAAAGAUGCGGAAAUCCAGGCGAAAGUUUUUGGCCGUUUUGGAGGCGUUAGACGAGGAGCCAAACUGGCCUAGAAGUUGCGCACGAAUAGAGGAGAAGGGGACGGUCAAUAAUGGUUUCGUGGGGUCGCAGAGUGAUAUCGUAACGAAUGUUAGUGUAUAAAAAGGGCUGCCACCCACAAUGAAUGAUUCAAAGUGACUAACAGGUAGUUGCACACCAUACGGUAUUUUGAUUCCAUAAGUAUUAUUUUCAUAUUUGUUGUAUAUUGAAUAAAGUUUAUCUGAUAUAUUUUAA